CGCAGCGCUCAAGAAGAGCUGGAGCUGAGCUGCUCGCAGCCCGGCCUGCGCGUCAGCAGCUCUGCAGACAGCCUGAGCGCGUGCGCCCGCCAGCCCCUCGCCCACCACGGCCUCCCGCUACAGUCCUGCGCCAACACCUGUCGCAGCAGCACUGAGCUCAACGCCAUCCUCCAGCGUGAUGGGCAGAUGGUCAUCCAGCGGCGGCUGCGUGAGCUGGUGAGGGCGUUCGCGGAGCGCGCGCUGCGCGUGCGGCGGCGCCUCGAGCUGCCGCCCACGCCCUCCACCGACAGCAGCGGACAAGCUGAUAGCAAUGGUAUUUCUUCCCCACCACUGUAUGAAUGUGUUGAGACUGUCAACAGUGAGGAGCAGGAACAAUUACCAUGCACAUUCAGCCUCAGCUGCAAGUCUUUUUUGAAGAUUUUUGAUUGUUUCAAAUGUAAUACAGUCCUUGAUCCACAAGGGAUAUGCUACGUGCUUUGGUUGCUUCUUGUUACUGUGUGCUACUCUUACAACUGCUGGGUGAUCCCACUCAGAAGCACAUUUCCAUAUCAAACAGAAGAAAACACACCAGUGUGGUUAGCACUGGAUUACUCUGCUGAUGCUGUCUAUUUGAUGGACAUUCUAUUUUUUAAACCGAGGCUGACCUACCUUAGUGAUGGAUUUUGGGUGAAAGACACGAAACUUACUCGUCAAAGAUACUUCAGAAAGUGGCAGUUCAAGAUGGACUUGCUGUCGCUUUUGCCUCUAGACUUGUUCUACCUGAUGUUUGGACCCCAGCAAUUACUGUUUAGACUGCCAAGACUGCUGAAGGUACAGACAUUUUGGGAGUUCUAUGACCGUGUGGACAACAUCCUCAAGUCACCGUACAUAGUGCGAAUGGCGAGAACUCUCUCCUACAUGCUCUUCCUAAUUCAUGUUAAUGCCUGUGCAUAUUAUGCAUUUUCGCUCUGGGAAGGCCUUGGAUCUAACAAAUGGGUGUUUAAUGGCCAAGGAAAUGCAUAUAUACGGUGCUUUUACUUUGCUACAAAGACAGCAACAUCAAUUGGGAAAAACCCAAAACCAGAAAAUGAACAGGAAUAUUUAUUUAUGACAGGCAGCUGGUUAAUGGGUGUUUUUGUUUUUGCACUCCUAAUUGGCCAAAUGCGUGACAUUGUGGCUACAGCAACAAAACCCACAGAGUAUCAGAUGCUCUUGGAUGAGACUCUGAAGUACAUGCGAAGGUUUAACCUUCCUCAUAAACUCCAAGAAAGAGUAAAACUCUGGUUCACGUAUACCUGGGAACAGCAACAUACAAUUGAUGAAAGCAGAAUUCUAGAUGCACUACCUCAAAAACUGAAAACAGAUGUUGCUAUCAAUGUACACAUUCAGACUCUGAGCAAAGUUCAAUUGUUUCAAGAUUGUGAUGAGGCGUUGCUUCGUGAUCUGGUCCUAAAACUGCGGCCAGUUAUUUACCUUCCUGGUGACUACAUCUGUCGCAAGGGAGAAGUUGGAAAAGAGAUGUAUAUUAUAAAAUCAGGCCAGAUACAGGUGAUGGGUGGUAAGAAUAAUGAUGAGGUGCUGGCAACACUUACUGAAGGGUGUGUUUUUGGUGAGAUCAGUCUGCUUUCUUUGGCAGAAGGAAACAGGAGAACUGCUACUGUGAAGUCUAAAGGGUUUUCAAAUAUUUUUGUUCUGAAUAAGUCAGAUUUGAAUGAAGCCAUUGUUCAUUAUCCAGAAGCUCAAGAGAUUCUAAGGAAGAAGGCAAACUCAUUAAUGAGACAAAAUGCCCUGAGGGAGAAGUUGGCAAAGGAAAAACAGUUGUCCAGUGAUGUGAUCAUUGGCAAUUUGCAGUCACAAGAAACACCAAAGCUUGUUCAUACAGUUAUACAGGUGAUGGGUCAUCUUGAUAUAUCAACUAGUCUCAUUGGUCGCAGCCCGAAACAGAGUAAAGAGGAAUCACAAGAGGCAGUAGUGACAGAGAAGCAGCAAUGCAAGAACAGCAACAGUGAGCAGGAACAACAGCCACUGGGGUGCAGUUGUAAUGCAGGCAGUGAGAAUGCUGGAGGCUGUAACAGUGUGAGUCCAGCUGACAAGACCUUUGAGUGUAGAGUGACUGUACACAGAGAGAUGAGCCAGUAGUCCUAGGAGGUGAAAUGCAUUUAGUAUUAUACAGUCACUUGGUGACCUCGCCUUACAUCAUCACUACCAGCAGCAUCCUUUUUUAUUCAUUGGCAACAAAAUGCUCUAAAAGAAGAUAUUGAGCAUACAGUGCGUGUCUGGGAAAUGGCUACUCUGUUCCUUUCCCGUUGUAUUUACUGUACAUAAAAUUCUAUUAUUCCUGUUUUGCAAAGAAUAGUAUUUCUUUUAGAAGGGACUUUCAACUACAAUUUUUCCCUGUCAUAUGUCUGGCAUACCUUUCCUAUUCUGUAAGAUGCAUUGUAAUUCUGACUGCAUGAUUGAUAUAUUUUGAUUGUAUGCACAUUUUAUUUUCAUUCUUGCAGUUUGAUAUCCUAUUUUGUAUGUGUUUAUAAUGCAUUGUUCAGCCUUUUACAUCAUUUGAGGUGUCUAGAUGCAGAACCCAACAUUUCCACUUUUGAUCAGAAUAGUAAUUAUGUUUCCCCAUCAGCUAUCAAUACUUACAGCAUACUGUUUCAGUAAAAGACUAAUUCUAAAUGAAACUAGAGGGGACUUGCUUGGUUUAUUCAUAACAAGAGAUAAAUACAAGAUGCUCCUCAGAAACAGUGCAGGUUAUCUUAAUUCCUUAUUAUGAAGUGAAGUCCAGUCCAAUCCAUGCCGUAUCAAAGUUCUGCCUAUGGCAAAUAGAGUCCACAAUAUAAAUACCUUAGACAAACUGAUAGCACACUUGCUGUGCACUCCACAAAUCACAUCACAACUUACUUAGACCAGUCCUGGACUGCCUUAUAUCCCGUAUUCUGAUAUAAUGUCAUCAGUGGGCACUCCCAAUGACAAAUGUCCUCUGGGUAGAGGCACCACAGCAGUCAACACU